AUGUCUAGGAAGAGAAGUCUGGGGGCAUCGCGAUGCGCUGCUCCUGAGAGACCUCCCGUGGACCUCCCAGAUGCUACAAGAUCUCCAUCUGCAGGCCACCAAACAAAUGGCGAUGAUGAGACGGACCAAGUCGCCCAGGUGAACCCUCACAAGCGCAGGAGAAUUCCUCGGGCAUGUGAUGACUGCCGACGCAAGAAGAUCAAAUGCGACGGCAGACAACCAUGUUCAAGCUGCGCUGAAUUCAACGCAGGAUGUACAUACCAGAUCCCGCCCAAGCGUAGCAAGACAUCUUUACGCCGCCCGCAGCCGGACACCACCGAUGAUAUAAAGGCCAGGCUGGAGCUUGCCGAGUCACUCAUCCGCAAGUUUCUGCCGCAGAUUGACUUGCAAACCCUGGGCUCUACAGCUGGCCAGUCAUUGCAAGGCCGUCAUACGCGCGACGAUGUCUCCGGAUCUGGUCAGGCUUCGACUGCCGAGCCACCCGCUGAGAGUGACAAAUACAUCCCUCUGAUCCAGAACGAAGACCAGUUGCGAUUCACCGAUAAUGGCGAGCUCGACUUCCACGGCACUUCAUCCAGCGCUACCUUCUUGAGCCGUAUCACUCAGAAUCUCCCGGAGCUCCUGCGAUACGAUUCCAGGAUCCCAUUUCUUCCGCAGCUCCCACGACCUGGAGGCCCUUCUACCGGCGUAUGUUCCCCUUUUCCUGGCCAUUCCAAAUAUGAUUACUCCAAAUUACCUCCCCGUCACCUGGCACGCAUGCUAUGCGACUACUCUUUCAACCAUGCUUCAUGCCUACUAAGAAUAGUCCAUGUGCCCUCUUUUUACAAGAGCUUCGACACUUUAUACAACUCGGAAAAGACGCAGUACACUUCAGAGGAAGGAAGAUUUGUCGGACUGCUCUACUCCAUUCUGGCCUUGGGAUCUAUGUACGACGUGGAUGAGAAUGAUCCAUCCAACCCAGACCACUAUAACGAAGCCACCACCCGGGGAUACAAGUAUUACUUGGGUGCCAGGUUCUUCCUCCCCGACCUCACUGAGUGCCCUGACAUGACAAGCCUGCAGGCCCUUCUCUUCAUCAUCCAGUUUUUGCAAGCUAUCGGAAACUUGAAUUGCUGCUAUAAUCUGAUUGGAGUUGCUCUACGAACAGCAUUGAGGAUGGGAUUGCACCGUAAUCUCCCCAAUCUAUGCACCACUCCCAUCGAGAGCGAGACGAGAAAACGAGUGUUCCACACCAUCCGUCAGUUGGACAUCUACCUCUCUGCUACCUUGGGCCUGCCGAUUCUUUUGCAGGCCAGGGAUAUAGACCAGCCUCUCCCCACUGCCAUCGAUGACGAGGAUAUUAUACAGGACACACUGCACUCUCCGCCACUAGAGAAACUCUCCAUCAUCCAGGCAUUCAACGCUCAUGUCAGGCUAAUGGAAAUUCUGGCUACAGUAGUCGAACACGUGUAUCCGCCUACAGCCACGAGCAGGACAGCAACACACACCACAUACCUGAUCGACUGUGGCCAGAUUAGAGAAGUAGAACAGAAGCUCCAUGACUGGUACCAUGACCUUCCCGCCAUCUGGAGACCUGGGCAAGACAACGACGUCCAGCUAAUAAGGGUUCAAAUCUUGCUUCGUUUUGCGUUCGCCCAUGUUCAAAUGAUGCUCUACCGGCCAUUUCUACAGUUCUUCAACCAGCAAGAACACCUUGGGAACCCCCCGGACCAGCGACAUCGGGCGUUUGCAACCACCGGCAUCACCGUCUGCCGCAACAUUGUCAGCAUCGGGCUGGAGAUUAGGAAGCAGGCUGCUCUCCUGGGACCCUACUGGUUUAUUCUCUACACCCAGUUCCUAGCGGUUCUAUGCCUAGUUUCCUAUGUAUCCAAUAACCCCAGGAAGCCAGAGUCGUCUGAAAUUCUUGCCGAUGCCGUCGCGGGCAGGGAGUUGAUCUCUAGCCUAUCACUACGAAGUCUCGCAGCCGAUCGGCUUUCUAUUGCUCUCAAUGUACGUGUGCCCUCCCUCGUAACAGAACGGGCAUUGACUGAUUUAUACCAGGCGGUUUUUGAACAGCUACCCAGUCGGUUGGGUUCCACGCCCCCCACGACCAAGAACACCAUACGGCGAUCAUCACAUGCCUCCGUGGAUGUCUUCAGCCCCGGCCCGUCUCUGUCAAAUCUUAGCAACGAUUGGCAGCUCUCCAGCGCCUCGACUCCAAGACUGGCUGCGAUACGGGAAGGCAUUACCACUAACCCCAACGAGCCGACGACACAGGCCUCUUCCAGUGAGGUAACUCCGCCGAGCCUGAUACCUGCAGACCGACUCUUAUUUUCCUUUGAUGACCCCGUUGCGUAUCCUUCAACAACAGCUUGGUCGGAAUCACUCGACCCAGCUGCCGGUCUACGUGACGAGACAAUGCACCUCGUCAUUCCGGAUUUCUUUGGAGAUUUGACUGGGCAUGAUGCUGAGCCAUCCGUGGCGGAUCAAUCAGGAAACAGUGGCGCGGCAUCUCAUCCGGCAUCUGCGUUGUUGUCCAUGGGUAGUGGAGGGUUGUUGAGUGAUUACAUGGCAAAUCUUUUCUAA